AUGAAUGUGGAAGCAACCACACUAUCCUUGAUGACAGACAUGACAAGAACCAUGACAUCUAACUAUAAGCACAUCUCUCCAGGAAACUGCGUCAUGGAGAAGACAAUUCUCCAAUGCUUUGGUGCCAUCAUUGCUGUGAUUGGACUGGAAGGAAAUGCAGCUGUGAUCUGGCUCCUGGGCCUCCGGAUUCCAAGAAAGGCCAUCUGGGUUUGCAUUCUAAAUCUGGCUGUGGCUGACUUUCUCUCCCUUUGCUUUCAAUUUAUAUAUUACCUGCAUGAAUUCACCAGUUAUUUCCUUCAUAGCAUGGGAGACUAUUCCUUUCAUGCCUUUCGCUUCCUGUUUUUCUAUUUGUAUAUAGCAGGCCUGGGCUUCCUCAGUGUUAUUAGCCUGGAGCGCUGCCUGUCUGUCCUGUGUCCCAUCUGGUACAGGAGCCAAUGCCCAAGACAAGCAUCAUCCUUUAUGUGUGUGCUGCUCUGGGUCUUACCAGUGCCAUUUUCUUCUUUGCUAACUCAUUACUGUCCAAGUGUUUCUGUCGUUGAUUAUGGGACUCAGUGUGAGUUAAGUAGACUUUCUGCUGAUGGAUACUUGCUGCUUCUGUUUGUGAUUGUCUCAGGGGCCAGCCUGGCUAUGACUGUAAGGAUGUUCUGUGGUUCUCUACGGAUGUCACUGACCAGGUUGUAUGUGACUGUCCUGCUCUCAGUGCUGGUCUACAUCUUCUGUGGACUGUGCUUUCCAAUUUUUUCCUUACUAAAAGUUAUGUUUUCUAGUCAUAUCCACCACUUCGACUGUUAUCUUAAUGAGCUUUUAGAUUUACUAGACUCUGGCAACAGGAUUGCCAACCCUGUCAUUUACUUCUUUGUGGACUCCUUCAGGCAGGUUCACUGGUUAAGUGUCUUUCAGUCUUCUCUACCGGGGAUGCCUUGA